GAUUUAAUACAUUUCCUUGGGCUCGGAAGAAACUCCUGCCUGCUGGAGCUGGCUCGGGCGCCCGACAGACAAGAUCCAUGUGGAUUGUUUAAUAAACUGUUCUCGUCCUGGGGAUUCUGUGAUCCAAGUUCAGAAACUGAUUCAGACUCCUGUGGUGUGAAUUGGCAGUGGUGGAGUGAUUCGGAAUGUUGGCUUUGAAAGCUCAGGGAAGAAGCAGCAGGGAGGAAAAAGUAACACAGUGUGCCUGAAAAUGACAACAAAGCGGAAUUUGUUUGUGCGGCUGGUGCCAUGCCGCUGUCUUCGUGGAGAGGAGGAAACAGUCACUACACUUGAUUAUUCUCAUUGCAGCCUGGAACAGGUGCCUAAGGAGAUUUUUACUUUCGAAAAGACCUUGGAAGAACUCUAUUUAGAUGCUAAUCAGAUUGAAGAGCUUCCAAAGCAACUUUUUAACUGUCAGUCUCUACACAAGCUGAGUUUGCCAGACAAUGAUCUAACCACAUUGCCAGCAUCCAUUGCAAAUCUCAUUAAUCUCAGGGAACUGGAUGUCAGCAAGAAUGGCAUACAGGAGUUUCCAGAAAAUAUAAAAAACUGUAAAGUCCUGACAGUUGUUGAGGCCAGCGUAAAUCCAAUUUCAAAGCUUCCAGAUGGAUUUUCCCAACUGUUAAACCUAACGCAGCUGUACCUGAAUGAUGCUUUUCUUGAGUUUUUGCCAGCCAAUUUUGGCAGAUUAACUAAACUCCAGAUAUUGGAACUUAGAGAAAACCAGUUAAAAAUAUUGCCAAAAACCAUGUCCAGACUGACUCAGCUGGAGAGACUGGACUUGGGAAGUAAUGAAUUCACAGAAGUGCCUGAAGUACUUGAACAACUGAGUGGGUUAAAGGAAUUUUGGAUGGAUGGUAACAGACUAACACUUAUUCCAGGGUUCAUAGGCACUUUGAAACAACUGACCUACUUGGAUGUUUCAAAAAACAACAUUGAAAUAGUUGAAGAAGGUAUUUCAGGUUGUGAAAGCCUGCAAGACCUACUGUUAUCCAGUAAUUCAAUUCAGCAACUGCCAGAGUCUAUUGGUUCCCUGAAGAAGGUAACAACGCUUAAAAUUGAUGAAAACCAGUUAAUUUAUUUGCCAGACUCCAUAGGAGGGUUAAUAUCAGUAGAAGAACUGGACUGUAGUUUCAAUGAGAUUGAAACACUGCCUUCAUCUGUUGGGCAGCUCUUCAAUAUAAGGACAUUUGCUGCAGAUCACAACUUUUUAACACAGCUGCCAUCAGAGAUUGGAAACUGGAAGCAUGUAACAGUGUUGUUUCUGCAUUCUAAUAAGCUUGAAUUUCUCCCUGAAGAAAUGGGUGAUAUGCAGAAAUUAAAAGUCAUCAAUCUGAGUGACAAUAGACUGAAGAAUUUGCCAUUUACCUUUACAAAACUGCAGCAGCUCACUGCUAUGUGGCUAUCAGACAAUCAGUCUAAACCACUUAUCCCUCUUCAAAAAGAAGCUGACCCUGACACACAGAAAACAGUGCUUACUAAUUACAUGUUCCCCCAGCAGCCAAGGACCGAGGAUGUUAUGUUUAUAUCUGAUAAUGAAAGUUUCAAUCCAUCUCUGUGGGAGGAACAGAGGAAACAGCGUGCUCAGGUGGCAUUUGAGUGUGAUGAAGACAAAGAUGAGAGAGAGGCACCGCCUCGGGAAGGCAAUCUGAAGAGAUAUCCAACUCCGUAUCCUGAUGAACUGAAGAAUAUGGUUAAAACAGUCCAGACGAUUGUACAUAGGCUAAAGGAUGAGGAAUCUACUGAAGAUACUGCCAAGGAGUCAAAACGAGAAGGCCAGGCAGUUUCUGUAAAAGAUGUGGGGGUAAAGACUUCAGAAACUGCUUCAAUAAAGAACCCUACUGAACCAGAAGCUGAGCACAGCACCACAAAUUCACAGAUGACUGCGUUUGUUAAAACCUUGCAGAACACAAAAACAGUUGUCAACCAUGAAGACACGCUUGAGGAGUCAGAAGAACUAUCCUCUGAUGAAGAGAUGAAAAUGGCAGAAAUGCGACCACCGCUGAUUGAGACCUCCAUUAACCAACCAAAAGUGGUAGCUCUUAGCAAUAACAAAAAAGAUGAUUCAAAAGAUGCUGAUUCCUUAUCAGAUGAAGUUACUCACAACAGCAAUCAAAAUAACAGCAACUGUUCCUCUCCUUCUCGAAUGUCAGAUUCUGUUUCCUUAAAUACUGAUAGUAGCCAAGAUAUUUCUCUCUGUUCUCCAGACAAAGAAACACAUGCUGCUGUUUUAUCCAAGAUCAGGCGAGAAGAUGAAAAUUUGAAUAAUAUUUUGCAAAAUGGAGGUGGAUUGAGCAUUACAGUAGAAGAAAAAACAACUGUGCAAGAGAAGGUUACAAAUUUGUCUGAAUAUGAAUUAGGCAUUGAAGAAAGAUUAGGCCUCAUAGGAAAAGGUGUUGAUCUAAGCACUCCUACAGAGGAGUCUCACAAAUUAGACCAAAUAAACAUGAAUAUCAAUAAACUGGUUAGAGAAGAGGCAGUGCCGGUUCCUGUAGAAAUGAUACAAACACAGGAAAUGGUUUCAGUAAAGGGCUUUUUGAAUAACAACACGAAAGAAGAAAGUGAGCACUUGGAAAAUGGAAAUAGGUAUCCUAUAAAUAAAGUAAACGGACAUCCUGAGGAAGCCAUACAGUCUCCCAGUAAAGAUGAACUAACGAGAAGCACUACAGUUGAUGGUGAUUCUGCUGAGCUGUCUGUUUCGAGGAGUACUGAAGAUUUGUCCCCACAAAGAAGUGGUCCUGUGAUGAAAUCUCAUAGCAUCACCAAUAUGGACACUGGUGCUCUGAAAAUCUACGAUAUUGUCAAUGAGAAUGGAUCUCAACAGCCAAACUCAAUGGUAAAAUCAGCAUCUGAUAUUGCAGAUGGAAAAAACAUAGUCCGAAGUAAAUCUGCUACUCUUCUGUAUGAUCAGCCUUUGCAGGUUUUUGCUGGGUCAUCGUCAUCAUCUGAUUUAGUAUCUUCUACAAAAACUGUGUUCAAAUUUGACUCAAAUCAUAAUCCUGAAGGUGCUAAUGUAGCAAGAGGAUCAGUGACAAGUGGUGCACAGAUGUUCUGUGCUCCCCAAUAUAAUAUUCAGUACAGCAGCAGUGCAACAGCGAAAGACACCUUGUGGCCCCAGAAACAAGGUACCCAAGUAGAACAAGGCAGCUUACCUCCUUCACGUCUGCUGAGGUCUGACAGCACAGAAACCCCCAGCUACGUAAAGCAUUCUGCCAAUAUGAAUUUCUCCAAUCAUAACAAUGUCCGAGCCAGUGCUGUGUAUAACACUCAUCAACGGAUGCCUGGGAGACAUAUAGAUAUGUGGGCUAUUCCACCAAAUGAUAGACUGCUCCCAGGAGCAACCAGACACACUCUCCAAAGGCAGAGCAGUGUAUCUUCUACAGCUUCUGUGAAUGUUGGGGAUACUGGACCUUCAAGGAGGACCCAGGUUCCUGAAGGGGAUUACUUAACAUACAGAGAUUUGCAUUCAAUGGGAAGAGCUCCACCAGUAAUGUCUGGGCAACAGAGACCUCUUUCUGCCAGGACAUACAGCAUUGAUGGUCCAAAUGUACCCCGACCACAGAGUGCUCGUCCAUCAGUGAAUGAAAUACCAGAAAGAACUAUGUCAGUUAGUGACUUCAAUUACUCACGGACUAGCCCUUCAAAGAGAUCAAACCCAAGGGUUAACUCUGAGCACUCCUUAUUAGAUCCUCCAGGAAAAAGUAAAGUCCCUCAUGACUGGAGGGAACAGGUGCUGCGACACAUUGAGGCUAAAAAGCUAGAGAAGAGCAUGCUGUCUAGGUCCUUUAAUUCCAAUUAUGCUGCAGUUAGCAGCUUUCACUAUGGCAGCUCUAGGGAUCUGCAUGGCAGCCAGGGUAGUGUUGCCUUGAGUGUUGCAGACGGAAGAGGUUCUGGUGUGCACAUUGUUCGACAUCCCCAGGCUUCUACUCCCGGAGACCAGUGCCAGGAUGAAGCAUUCAUUUCAGGACAGCAGAGUUACUCAUCUGCCACACUUAGUCUCAAAGAUGUUCCUCCAGAUAGCAUGAAGAAAAUAGCUGUGCAGAUUCCUUUGACAAAUGGACAGAUGUGCCAGCCUCAGAGACCUCAGGCAAACUACAGCCAAGUCCAUCAUCUCCCUCCUCAAUCAUCAGUAGCAAGACAUCCGUCUAGAGAGCAAUUAAUUGAUUAUCUGAUGUUGAAAGUUGCCCACCAACCUCCCUAUACCCAGUCCCAGUGUUCUCCCAGACAAAGCCAUGAGUUCGCAAAGCAAGAAAUUCGAGUGAGAAUUGACAAGGAUCCAGAACUUGGAUUUAGUAUAUCGGGAGGAGUUGGUGGUAGAGGGAAUCCAUUCAGACCCGAAGAUGACGGUAUCUUUGUAACUAGAGUGCAGCCUGAAGGACCAGCAUCUAAGUUGUUGCAGCCCGGGGAUAAAAUAAUUCAGGCUAAUGGAUACAGCUUCAUCAAUAUUGAUCAUGGGCAAGCAGUAUCCUUGCUAAAGACUUUUCAGAAUGCAGUGGAACUCAUCAUUGUGCGAGAAGUUUCUUCAUAAAUACUGUGGAUUGGGGAGAAAAGCCAGCAGGAUUCAUUGAAGACUUACGGGGAAACUGAAUAUUUUGCCUAUUUUUAUACAUGAAAGGAACUUGAAAAGAAUUAUGGUCAAAAUUUGUACAGGAAAUACUGAACUUGUGGUUAAAGGGGGAAAAACCACUGUAUAGAACAUACAGGAAAUCAUUUUGGAAAUGCAUAUGGUGGAUAAACUUGUUUUUAAGCAUUAUAGCAAUCUAAGGAUCACUCCUCCAAGAACAAACCUGUGUUGCUUUUUUGUACACAUGGUAGGCUUAUUUUUGGAAUAAUUCAUGCACAUUACUAAACUUUGUGCAAGGCUUUGCAAAGCCUCAGUUGUAGCCGAUGGACAGAUGGCAGGGCUGUCUGUCCUGUAGCUGUUUAUUGCCUUUAUUCACCAGAUAAUAACAUGUUAUGCUGAAACCACUUCUGUAGAUGUGGACAGGAGAUACGACAUGUUGGCUUUGCUAUGUGCACAUUGUAUAGAUGAAUGGGUAGAUGGAGGGUGGUGCUGGUUGGGCAGAAUAAAGGUCAGGUGAAACAACUAUCUGCUAUCUAAAUCUGGAAUCAGGAAAGAAGAAAAACUGUUUAGUUCUGGCAUGUACGUCUACCAAUAGGAAAUGCAAUAAAAGCUUACGGUGUUUUUUAGGAAGACUGUAACUACAAAUUUGUGAUAUUCUACAGGAUUUGUUCGUAAUGUAGUCAUUGAAUAUUCAUUUGCCACAUGUGAUUCAUGUUUAGUUGGGUUUUCUUGCAUACAUAAUUUUUUCAGCUGUACUGUGGAAAUGUGCCGAGAGGUUUUUCUCUGCCAUGGAAAUCCCCAAUUUUGUGCAAAUGGUGAUACUUUUAUCUUUAUAAGAAGUACUCCGUUUUAACCUUACAGAUGUUAAAAAUGAAACUGAAAUGGCCAGUUUUUAAGGUUGUUGCCUGUAAUAUAUAUUUAAACACACAAAAAAGUAAAUGAUGCAGGAAGGGUUAUGAAAAAGUCUCGAUUUUGUUUGGCCUUUGCAUUGCCUUGUUAAUCAAAAAGGAAACCAUACGCAUGGAGCUAGGUAACCAAAGCAAGUUUGUGAAACUUUAACAGUGAUGGAGAACUGCUGGGGUGAGAAGGAGAGAAAAGGGAGGGUGUGAUUACAACCCACCAGUUUGUAAUGAUGUUUCUUAAAGGGCUGUUCCUACAGGUAACAUUAAAUGUGAACUAGACACUUCAGAGUCAUUAAAGGGUUUCUAACUAUAUUAAUGUAAUAGUGAUUUACCACAGGCUGCCUUUGUUCCUUAUUACUGUAUAAAAUAUUCAAUUAUGCUUCUAUUAAUUUUGUUUACCAGAAACAUUAACUUUAUUUUUCUCUUUCUCCUUUGUAAUUGAAUAGAGACUGCAUAAUCUGCAGUGAUAAUUAAUACACGGUUGUUAUGGACCAGGGAAAAGUGCCAUAGAAGACCAAUAACUGUUUUUAAUCGGGGCUAAUGAUUAGCCUGUCACUGGAGCAAUAUUCAGUUAUUGCUGUUCAUUUUUAAUUACAUAUAAGUUGGUAGCUUGAGACAGGUAUAAGUUGCUUUUUUCAACCCAUGUGUACAAAAGUAAACGCUUUUAAUAAAGCUAGCAAAAGCACCAGCCUCCUUUAGUUUGGGGACAAUGGGCUGGAACAGAGGGGAUUAUACGUAGCUAGUGGUAAUAACCAAGCAGUACUUUUUAAAUAAGUGAAUUCCAAUAUUAUUGCACUUCUUUCAAAGAUGUUAACUAUUGCUUAUUGUACUGUGUAUAGUUCUAAUAAUUUUAAUUGAUACCCUUUAACACUUUGUAUAUUUUUCUUUUUAGUUGAUUUUCAGUAAUAUUUACAUAGAAAUGAUUUUUUUUGAUAUAUUAGCAGAAAUGUGCUGUAUUUUGAUAAAAUUCAUUUAUUUUCUGUGUGCUGUUAAUCUUCAAAGAAAAGAAUGAAAAACAUAGCUAUAUAAUGGCAGGCUUCAGUGUUCCCCUUCUAAGAUGUGUUUUGUUGUGUAGUUUCUAUUUUUUUAUUGAAAAUGCAAAAUGUUCACAUCACAUGUUCAUGACUUUUAAUCAUGUUAUUUUUACCACACACUGCCUUUUAAAGGGAAUGCGUACAGACAGGUCCUAAAUUACCUUGGUCUUCUGCAUAAUCUUUGGGAAGGGAAAAGUCUAAAAAGCAGAACUGAUUCUUUACUGAUCUUGGACUGACUUUGUAUACAUUUUGCAGUACAUUAAAUAUAUCACUGAGGAAUUAUACUGUAUUGUAUUUUGCUUUAAUGGUAACAGAAGUUUUAAAUGUUGUUGUGUCACUUCAUUUUCAGAUUUAUGUAUCACAGGAAAAUUCUACCAAAAAUUGUUUGGCUAUGGUAGAACUAUAGAAGUAGAAAUUUAUAGCGAGAAGUUUAGUACUUCUUGUGGAAAUACUUGGCCAAAGCUUGUCUUCAGUACAUUAGCAAAUUAACCACCUAAUAAAACAUGGAUUAUGCUGAUUUUACUCAGUAAAUGGAGUUUUCAGUGGAUUGAAAUGUGUGUGUUCCUCCAGUGUCUGUGUGUAAAGGUAAACACGUGUCAAACUAGAUGAUUUUGCAGAGAGUGGGAGAAAGAGGUCUCCUGAACAAGUCCAGCCAGGAUUCAGCAGUUUUUUUCAGCACUUUUCAUUUUGAAUGCAUCUUUAACUACAUUUUGAGUAGAAUAAAAUCCAUCAGCAGCCUAAGUUACUCAGCAUGGCAGUGAGUUGAUGCAAACUCUGUUAAUUCUUUCUAUUCUUAAUAGUUCAUUAAAGAAUCAGUUCAUCUGAUGUAAUGAAAAGAUGAAGUCUCCCACAUAUUUAUUAUGUAAAUAUUUUUUAGUUUCUUUUUUGGAAUGGCGUUAAAAAAUGUGUAUAUACUUGAAAGCAUUCUAUGAACACAAACAUAGCAAUAAACAACACACAGAAUCAAACCUUUAUGAUUAUUUUGGUUUUGUUUAGAAAUAUUCCCUUGUCAACAGUUACAAAAUGUUUGUAUUGAUCAGCAUUUAUUCAACAUUCCAAAUUUUUGUAUAUAAUUAGACUGUUUCUGAGGUAACACAUGGAGAGUAGAUAAUAAACUAAUGCUCUUUAAAGCUGUGUGUAAUUGACUUAUUUAAGUUCUAGGAAAUUCUCCAUAACACCAUUUUAAUCUUCUAUAGUUUCUGUAGAACUUCAUACUCUUACAAAUACACAUCAGUAAAGUCUUACUUGUGUUUCUGGCUCUGUGCAUCUCAGUGCCCUGGGGUCUGCUCUAGGUGAUUUCAUUGCAAGGCUGGGUUAUUCAGAAUAAAGAAAUACUUUUGUGAAUAACCCAGUCUUGCAGUGAAAUCAGCUAGGGCAGCAGUGGCUUCUCUCCUGAAGAGAUGAGUGGUCUUUACCUGAUGCAAACUAAGUAGUUCCAGGAGCAGGGCAGGGUGAUUAAAUCAAGGAGCAGACGUGAAAUUAAGAGCAACUUGAGAGUGCUCUGGUGAGAUGUACAAGGGUUAUGUGGUGAAGAAAGCGAAGAGCUAGGCACAGAAUUUCACAAGAGGUAAAUGCCCUUGCCUGGUACCUGGGAGCAGCAGGUACCCUCAGGUUUUUCUCAGAGGGUUCCCAGCUCUGGUGGUUCUUCUGCUUUCUAAAAGCCUAAUUUCAAGAACAGCAUCACCCCUCCUUGCAGUCCAGCCCCUCUUUUUCUGUCACACUCCCCAAUUUCCAGCUCUCUGCCAUCUUGUGUGUGCUUUUCCUGGUAUUGUCUGCAAGAACAUGACUUGUAUUUCCAUACUGUGCUUUGAAAUACUGCUUUGCAUUAGGGGUAAGAAUUAAGUGUAGAAAAAGAAGCAACUAUUUGGUGUAAAGGAAGAGAGAACCUGAAAUAAGAAGUACAACCUACAUAUUUUAGGCUACGUCAGAAAUAGCCUGCACAGGAUUUUGUGCAUUUCAAAAGUAGGUUGCAAUUAUUGCAGUUGAGGCAAAAAUCUAUUAAGUAGCUAUGGAUAAAUGUUACGGAGCUGUGGAAGAUGCAGUCAAGCAUCAUGCAACAUGUAGCUUGCAAUGGCUGAGUGAGGACAUUCUCAGCCACUCGCAUUUACUGAAUACCCAAGUAAAAUUUUGAGAGAGAUAACAAGAAGGUGCGAGAGAGCAAGUGUGAUGUGACUGGCCUGGCAGGGUUCCCAAGAUGGCUGAGAACAGUUCCCCAUGGAAGGUCACACUGCUGAAAUGACAUGGCUUUUCUGCAUUGCCUGGACUUUUGAGCAUCUGGAAUUACAUUUCUGCUUACAGAAGUCUGCAACAUCUAUUUUUGCAGCUGCGUAACACAAAGGGGAGUAUGGCUCUGCACUGCGUAUGGUUCACGAGGCACGGCUGGACGCUGCAAGUUGCUGAACUGCUUGUGUUUCAAUAUUGUCCAAAUCAAGGAAAGAACUGUGAUGGAAUAUUCACUCCUCUUUGCCAGUCAUGUGAAAAUACCAAUUUGGAGAAACUUCUCAAGGACCAUCUCUAUUAAGAAACUGGUAAAGAGAAACGUGGCAGAUGAACCAGAUGCUCUACAGAGAAAUUCUCAUUCAAUUGCUAAUGUUGACAAUUUGUGAAGGAAACUUUGGAGAAAAAUGAACCAACAAAAAGGGGGAAAAGCUUUCUAUUGAAUUAUAAGUAUGCACUGGCAAAAUACAUGAUUUGAAAGCAUUUUGCCAAGGCUCCUAACAUCAUAACAUUUUAGCAUAUUUGAUUGAUUUUUGUCUGCAACAACUUCCACUCACAAUAGAAUAAUCAACAACUGGGUUUGAAUAUGGAGAAGGUAUUUUUGCUGAGAAUAUUUCUGCCAGAAGUGCUCCAGCUAAAAGCCAUGGCUCCCCUACUGUGAGAAAGUGAGGUUUGCUAAUAAAUACAGAAAUAGAUUUUAACAGCUGGUUAGCUGACAUAGUACUAAGUCCUGGAAAAAAAAAAUAUGAAAUAAUCAUGCAAAAUCAUCUAAUUUGCGAACUGUAAUGAGAAAUUACUAAUGAGGUUGGAGUUGAUGCAUGCAAGGGUUAGAAACCAUGCUGAAAAGCCUCCAG